AUGGUUCUCUUGAUCUGCUGCUGCCAACAUAUUGUAGCUGAAAACCAAUCUCAGUUCUUCACAGAUAUGAACAGGUCUUUCUCAGGGCAAAGUUUGUCUUACUGGAAGAUGUACAAAGCCAAAAUCAGCUUUUGCAUCUACAAAGGGAUUCAAUGUAACAACCGAAGCAACAUUGAGAUGAUUGAUAUCUCUCAUUGGGGGCUUUCUGGCGAGUUACCUGAGAACAUAUGCCGGUAUUUGCCUGAACUGAAAAUUCUCCGGCUUGGUGGCAAUAAUCUUCAGGGCAGCUUCCCUUUCGGUGUCACCAAUUGUUCUGUAUUGGAAGAGCUGAACAUGAGCUCAUCUAGCCUCAGUGGGACGUUGCCGGACUUAUCAUCUUUGCAAUCUCUAAAAUUGCUGGACUUGUCCGGGAACUUCUUACAGGGAAAGUUUCCAAUGUGGCUCGCAAACCUGACAAAUCUUGAGGUCAUGUCCUUCAAUCAAAAUCUGGGGUUUGAUCAAUGGGAACUACCAGAGAACGUUUCCAGGUUGACUAAGCUUCGGAAUAUGACAUUGUCGUCAUGUAACCUACAUGGAAAACUCCCAGCAUCAGUUGGCAACAUGACUUCCCUGAUCCAUCUCGAAUUGAGUGGGAAUUUCUUGGUUAACCAGCUUCCCCCUGAAUUAGGCCAACUGAAAAUUUUGCAAACGCUUCAGCUCUGCAACAACCAACUUGAAGGUGAAAUACCAGAGGAGUUUUGUAACAUGAUUGAGUUAAGGGACAUAGACAUUUCAGGCAACAUGUUGACAAAGCUUCCAGAAUCCCUUCUAGCCCUUCCACGUGUUUCGUCGAUUGACCUGAGCAACAACCGCCUAAAUGGUUCCAUCUCCAGGAAAAUUGGGAAUGCAAAAUAUUUAUCAGAACUGUUUUUGCAGAACAACAGAAUAUCAGGUCUUUUACCAGGUGAAAUCUCUGGAGCAAUCAAUCUUGUGAAAAUGAAUCUCAGUAACAAUCUCCUGUCCGGUCCAAUCCCACCUGAAAUUGGGAAUCUUACAAACCUCACUUUUCUGCUCCUGCAACAUAAUAUGUUCAAUUCUUCAAUCCCAAAAUCAUUAUCUUCACUUCGUAACGUCAUUUACCUUGAUCUGUCUAGUAAUGGCUUAACAGGGAGCAUCCCAGAAAGCCUCUCUGAAAUAAAGCCAAACUCCAUGAACUUUUCAAGCAAUAUGCUUUCUGGUGCUAUACCGCGUUCACUUGUGUUUGACAAUUACCUAACAGGCUUCUCUGGCAACCCAAGCCUUUGCGUCCCCUCAGAUCAAAGCUAUCUAAUCUCGUCCAGCAGUGAAUUCCGCAUUUGUGCACAAGCGCGCAGUCGAACAAUGUCAAGGUAUACGCUGCCGAUUGGGGUGCUGGCACUAAUUGUUUUUCCUGGAAUUAUUCUGUUUCUGAAACUAUGGUUUCAUAAAGAUAAAACAGUAACAAGUAAUAAGGGCACAUUAUUGUCCUCCUUUUUCUGGGCUGUUGUGAAUAUAUCGCAUCGUGGAGAGAUAAUUCAGUCCAUGACUGAUGGUAAAAUAUUGGGUCGUGGAGGUUGCGGGACUGUAUACAAAGUUGAGUUGAGCAAUGGAAUUCCAGUGGCUGUGAAGAAGUUGCAUAAGUAUGCACUUACAUUUAGGGCAUCAACCAAAUGCGACGUAUACAGUUUUGGAGUUGUGCUAAUGGAAUUAGUAACCGGAAGAAAGCCAGUAGAAAAGGAGUUAUUCGGCGAGGGGAUUCACAUCAUUGAUUGGAUAUGCAACAAGGUCGUAAACAAAGAAGCAGGACUCGAGGUUUUGGAUCCAAGGAUUUCAGAGUCAUUCGAAGAUGGAAUGCUUAAAGUGCUCCUGAUUUCAAUGCAUUGCACACACACAAAGAAAUCUUCUCGCCCAACAAUGGACGAAGUUGUCCAACUGCUUCUUCGUGCCGCUGACCCUUUGACUUCCGGCGAGCCAACUAGCAAUAUUUCCACACAACAAGAUUGA